CAGACAGGAACUCGCCACAGAGUUUACUUCCUGUGUGACAGCUUUAUUGACAUUCAUGAAAAACUGGUCCUGUGGCGCAUUUCUCACACCGGAGUGACAACAUGGCCUUUCACAUUUCAGUUACAAAGAUGAGGAAGAAUAUGGCAGACACUGACUUUGAGCGGGAGUUUCUGGAGGCCCACAACGCGUACCGGCAGGAUCAUGGGGCACCACCACUGACGCUGAGCAGGGAGCUGAGUGUCUCCGCGCAGAGCUGGGCCGAUCACCUGCUCGCCAUCCGGAUGCUGAAGCACAGCCCCCAGUCAGACAAGGGAGAGAACAUCUUCUGUAUGCAGAGCUCCAGGCCCAUGAAGAUCUCAGGGAAGCAGCCAGUGGAAAAUUGGUACAAUGAGAUCAAAGACUACAACUUCAGCAGGCCUGGAUUUACCCCCAACACAGGUCAUUUCACUCAGGUGGUGUGGAAGGAUACUAAGGAGCUGGGGGUGGGCAUUGCAACCGACGGCACGACCAUCUUCGUGGUUGGCCAGUAUGUGCCUCCAGGGAACAUGAACGUCCAAAGCUAUUUUGAGAGGAAUGUCUUACCACCAGAUGGAAAAGCGAGUGGGGGCGACAGCAAGCUCCCCACCCUUACCACCAAGGACACCACCAGCCCGAUCGGCUCAACUCAAUUGUCUGCAAACACCUCCGACUUCCAGAAGGAGGCGCUGGAGGCCCACAAUGCUCGGCGGCAACAACACGGAGCACCCCCACUCAGCCUGGACCUGGACCUGUGCCGGGAGACGCAAAAGUGGGCCGAACACCUGGUACAGCUUAACAUUUUGGAGCAUAGCGACACUGACCUGGGCGAGAACAUCUUUUCUGUGUGGUCAUCUGAUAACAUCCCACCGUCAGAUCCCUGCGGCCUUCCCUACCCUUCCCAGAGAGACAAGAUGUUCCAUGUGCCUACCCAGAUGGGCCACCACAAAGUGGGACCCAAGUGCCGCCAUGCAGCUGACAACGACCACACCAGCCCCGAUCCCCAACAGUUUGGCAUUUUGACAGGAAAAGACGCAGUGGAGUCCUGGUACAGCGAGAUCAAGGACUAUGACUUCAGCAAGCCUGGAUAUCAGAAUAAAACAGGGGGAAAAGUGAGUGAAAGUGACAGAAAGCCCCCCACCUUUACCACCAAGGACACCACCAGCCAAAUCCGCAUGGCUGGACUGUCUGCAAACACCAGCAACUUCCAGAAGGAGGCGCUGGAGGCCCACAAUGCUCGGCGACAGCAACACGGAGCACCCCCACUCAGCCUGGACCUGGACCUGUGCCGAGAGACGCAGAAGUGGGCCGAACACCUGGUACAGCAAAACGCUUUGCAGCAUAGUGACACUGACCUGGGCGAGAACAUCUAUUAUAAGUGGUCAUCCAAUAAAGCUCCAGUAUCAGGAAAAGACGCAGUGGAGUCCUGGUACAGCGAGAUCAAGGACUAUGAUUUCAGCGAGCCUGGAUAUCAGAAGAAAACAGGUCACUUCACUCAGGUGGUCUGGAAGGACUCUCAGGAAAUGGGCAUUGGCUUGGCGACGGACGGCAAGGGGAAGGUUUUCGUUGUGGCCCGGUACCGGCCAGCGGGGAACAUCACCAACCCUGGCUACUAUGAGCGAAAUGUCCUCCCACCACAGAGUAAGGGGACAUACUAACAUACUCAGCCCCUCUCUUAGUAAACCACUGCCUACAACCUGUCGUCUCUCGACUUGAUAACUUCUGAUAUGUGUUAUUACUUCCCAGGUGAAAAGAAUGAACUCUUUCAUGCUUGAAUUAUGAGUGAUAUUUAUCUGCAUGGAAAAAGAACAUAUUUUAAUAUUUUUCUAACUCUAUGUGUAAUAUUUUAGAAGUCAUUCAGAUGCCCACUCUAGUGGACAGCAGGCAUUUGCAACAUUACAAUACUAAUGGCAACACUGUAUUACUACAAUAAUAGAUAAAUUUACCAAUGAAAUAAACACAAUGACAAUCAAA